UGCCGCAUCCGGUGCCCGGGCGGCGGCGAGCUGAGAGGAGGACCGCCUCUGUUCUUCAGGACCCAGGAGGCCACCGCUGCUCCCUGCCUUCCACGCGGGCCGCGGCCUCGGCAUGGCCGGGAUCAUUAAGAAGCAGAUCCUGAAGCACCUGUCCCGGUUCACCAAGAAUCUUUCCCCAGACAAAAUCAACCUGAGCACCCUGAAAGGAGAAGGUCAGCUGACCAACCUGGAGCUGGAUGAAGAGGUUCUGCAGAAUGUGCUGGAGCUGCCCACCUGGCUGGCCAUCACUCGAGUCUACUGCAACAAGGCCUCCAUCCGGAUUCAGUGGACAAAGCUGAAGACACACCCGAUCUGCUUGUGUCUGGAUAAGGUCGAGGUGGAGAUGAGGACCUGUGAGGAGCCCCGGCCUCCCAAUGGACAGUCUCCCAUUGCCCUGGCUUCCGGACAGAGUGAGUACGGCUUUGCCGAGAAGGUGGUGGAGGGCAUGUUCAUCAUCGUCAAUUCCAUCACCAUCAAGAUUCACUCGAAGGCCUUCCACGCCUCGUUGGAAUUGUGGCAGCUGCAGGGCUAUAGUGUGAACCCCAACUGGCAGCAGAGUGACCUGCGCCUGACUCGCAUCACCGACCCCCGCAGAGGAGAGGUGUUAACAUUUAAGGAGAUAACUUGGCAAACCCUUCGCAUCGAGGCGGAUGCUACAGACAGCGGUGAUCAGGAGCCAGUCACCACGCCGCUGAGGCUCAUCACCAACCAAGGCAGGAUCCAGAUAGCCCUGAAGAGAAGAACCAAAGAUUGUAAUGUGAUAGCCUCCAAGUUGAUGUUCCUGUUGGAUGACCUGCUCUGGGUGCUAACAGACUCACAGCUCAAGGCCAUGAUGAAGUACGCUGAGUCACUGAGCGAGGCCAUGGAGAAGUCAGCCCAGCAGAGAAAGAGCCUGGCUCCUGAGCCUGUACAGAUCACUCCACCUGCUCCCAGUGCCCAGCAGUCCUGGGCCCAGGCAUUUGGUGGCAGCCAGGGCAACAGCAACAGCAGCAGCACCCGCCUCAGCCAGUACUUUGAGAAAUUUGAUGUGAAAGAGUCCUCCUACCACCUGCUCAUCUCCCGCCUGGACCUGCACAUUUGUGAUGAUAGCCAGUCCCGAGAGCCAGGUGUCUCUGCCAACAGACUCAUGGGUGGUGCCAUGCAGCUUACCUUCCGCAAGAUGGCAUUUGACUAUUACCCCUUCCACCGGGCAGGCGAUAGCUGCAAACACUGGGUCCGGCACUGUGAGGCCAUGGAGACGCGAGACCAGUGGGCCCAGAAAUUGGUGAUGGAAUUUCAGAAUAAAAUGGAGAAGUGGCAUGAGGAAACUGGUGUGAAACCACCCUGGCACCUGGGAGUAGACUCACCCUUCCGGAGGAAAGCAGAUUCUCUGUCCAGUCCUCGGAAGAACCCGCUUGAGAGAAGCCCCUCCCAGGGCCGGCAAGCUCCCUUUGGACCCCCAGCGUGGAAUCGCCUGCGCUCCAGCUGCGUAGUAGUCCGAGUCGAUGACCUGGACAUCCACCAGGUUUCCACAGCUGGCCAGCCAAGUAAGAAGCCUUCUACACUCCUCUCCUGCAGUCGGAAACUCCACAACCUGCCCACUCAGGUCUCUGCCAUCCACAUCGAGUUCACCGAGUAUUACUUCCCAGAUAAUCAGGAGCUUCCAGUUCCCUGUCCCAAUCUCUAUGUUCAAUUAAAUGGCCUGACGUUUACCGUGGACCCAGUCAGCCUGCUCUGGGGAAACCUCUUCUGUCUGGAUUUGUACCACAGCCUGGAACAGUUCAAAGCCAUCUACAAGCUGGAAGAUUCAAGGCAAAAAGAUGAGCACUUGGAUAUCCGGCUGGACGCCUUCUGGCUGAAGGUAAGCUUCCCGCUGGAGAAGAGAGAACGGGCGGAGCUGCAUCGUCCCCAGGCCCUUGUCCUGUCUGCCUCGGGUGUGACUGCCACCAACACACGCCAUGCACCGCACUGCAGCUGUCAGGACCUCCAGAGUCUCUUCCGGGCCUUUGCCGCUGCAGAGUUCUUUCAUUCCAGUUAUGAGCGCUUUCCCAAGGUUCCAGGGGGCUUCAGCCUUCUGCACAUGCUCUUCCUGCAUCAUGCCUUCCAGACAGAUGCCCGCCCUCCUCAGCCCAGCACCCUCCCACCCCAGAGACCUAAGGCCUCUCAGGAUCUCUGGUCCAUCUACUUCACCCAGAUUUCCCUGGACUUUGAGGGAACGGAGAACUUCAAAGGCCAUGCUUUGAAUUUUGUGGCCCCCUUUCCCUUGUCCGUUUGGGCCUGCCUCCCCCUCCGCUGGGAACAAGCCCAGGCACGGAAACUCCUUUCAGCCUCUGAGGGCAGGCUGAAGCCGUCGGCCAGCUUCGGCAGUCCUGGCCAGUCCGAAGCCCUGGCUGCUGACGCUGUGCCCCAACAGAGGUCAAAGACCGAGCAUGAUUUGAAGAGCCUGUCGGGACUUCCGGAGAGUUGGAAAGAAGGCAGCGGGGGUGUGGACGGCCAGAAGCCCCCCGCGGAGCUCGAGGAUGCAGCAGAUGUGCACGUGCUCGUGAACUCCCCCGUUCACGUCCGCGUGAGGCUCGACCACUACCAGUACUUGGCACUGCUUCGCCUCAAGGAGGUGCUGCAGGAGCUCCAGGAGCAGCUGGCGAAAGACAAGGAGGCCAUGACCGGGUCUCCGCUGCAGAACCAGACCGCUUGCAUUGGAGUCCUCUUCCCCAGCGCUGAGGUGGCUCUGCUCAUGCAGCCUGCUCCAGGCAGUGUGCAUGAUACCGACUCUGCGGGUUCAGACACCACCAGCCUCAUAGACUCAGAGCUGUCCCCUUCGGAGGAACAGGAACCGAAGUCUGAUGCCUCCUCAGACCGGGGCCCAGCAAGCCCUGAGAAGGUUCUGGAGGAUGGUAACAUUGGCAGUCAGGAGACAUCCCAGGAGAGGUCACGUGGCCAUGGGGAACUGCAGGACUCAGGUCCCCUGGCACAGCAGAUUGUAGGGAAGGGCUCUGAGGCUGUUGAGUCGCUACAGGCAAAGACACCAAGCAGAGCCCAGACCUCUAGCUCACUAGCUAUGCAGAAACCCCCAGCUGUCAGGGAUCCAGCUAUGAACGGACAAGGUGAACUCGUCCCCUUGAAGAAUAUUGAGGGGGAAUUGUCCAGCGCCAUUCAUAUGACCAAGGAUGCCACCAAGGAGGCUCUGCAUGCCACAAUGGACCUCACUAAGGAAGCUGUGUCCCUCACCAAGGAUGCCUUCAGUCUGGGAAGAGAUCGCAUGACCUCCACCAUGCACAAGAUGCUGUCCCUGCCGCCAGCCAAGGAGCCGACGGUCAGGACUGAGGAGGGACUGGCAGCCCCAGUGAGUGGAGGCGCUGCCCGCCUGCGACUUUUCUCCAUGAAGAGGACAGUAUCUCAACAGUCAUUCGAUGGCAUCUCCUUGGAUAGCAGUGGCCCCGAAGACCGGAUUUCAGUGGACAGCGAUGGCAGUGACAGCUUUGUGAUGCUCCUGGAGGCUGAGUCUGGUCGAGAAUCUGUCCCACCAGGGCCACUUCCCAAUGUUUCGAAUGAUGCUGGUGUUCAGGUCAGCCGCCCUGUCGUAGAGAAUUCUGGCCAAGGCUCAUCGGAAGCCAACACGUCUGCCUCACCCAGUAGAGAAGACCUCAUCCUUCAGCCGGUCUCGGUCCUGGUCCUGAAGGUGCAUGAGGUGACUCUGGGGCUUGAGGUACGCGGUGAGGACCUGACUAUAGCCCUGCAAGCAGAAGAACUGGCCCUCCAGCAGCUGGGCACCGUGGGACUCUGGCAGUUCCUGCAUGGGCAGUCCCCAGGCCCAGGCGUCCAGGAGGCCACCCCAAAGUCUGAUCACCUUGGACCAGCCGUGGGCCUCCGCUUCGAGGUGGGGCCUGGUGCAGCCGUUCAUUCCCCUCUGGCCAUGCAAAAUGGCUUCCUGCAUUUCUUGCUUCGAGGCUGUGACCUUGAGCUGCUCACUUCAGUGCUGAAUGGUCUGGGACCCUUCUUGGAGGAUGAGGAGAUCCCAGUGGUGGUGCCCAUGCAGAUUGAGUUCCUGAACUCCAGCAUCACCCUAAAGGAUGAUAUUCCGCCCAUCUACCCAACGUCGCCAGGCCCGCUCCCCAUCACUGUGGCCCUGGAGCAUGUUGUGCUGAAGCGGGGUGAUGAUGGUGUGUUCCACUUGGGCGCCACUGCUCAGGACAGACUGCCAACAGAAGUACCUAAAAGUGAGAAGCAGCAACCCCGCAAAGAACAGGUGUUUAUGAUAUCCACAGGAGAGGUCUUUGGACAGCAGGUGAAAGAACUGCCCACCCUACAAAAGGAACUUAUAGAAACCAGACAAGCACUGGCCAAUGCCAACCAAGAAAAAGAAAGACUUCUUCAGGAGAUUAGGAAAUAUAACCCCCUCUUUGAGCUCUGAUGGCAGUGGCUCAGCCAUCUGCGCCAGAGAGAGAAAUCACCAGCAAUAGCACCACCUAGGACAGAAGGCCCCACCUGGUGUCAAGUCCAUCUGCCAUGGAUGUCAGAGCAAGUGAGGGUGGGUGUUCAGCCACUCCUCAGGGUGUGCUUCUCACCUAUUGUUGUAUCUUGGAUGAAGGACAGGGCGAAGGACGGCCAUAUCCCAGGAUGCAUGGGUGGCUGACACACCAUGCCUUGUCUGUAUAAAGCCUUUUGGCCUUCUGCUUACUAGGUGGAAUCUUCUUGACACUGUAGGGCCAUUUCACAUCCUAAUUUCAUGUCAGAAACAUUUGCUACCUUUGCAGCCUGUGUGAACAAGUGGAAAGUACCCACCUCCCCAGUUGCCCACAGAGCCACCAAAGAGUCCACGUCCCAGAGCUUCCUGUGGCAGGCCUGAGAAGUCCUUGACUUAAGCUUUGAACCUUGCAGUAGAGAGGAACAGGAAGUAGUCUCCCAAGGGGGGCCAGGGAGCAGGAAGGGCAUACAACUAAAGGAGUCCAGGGCUCUGCCUUUUUUUGGACAGGGAACCAAAGCCUGCCAUCUUGGUGGAGGGUCAGGCUUCCUGUUACACUUUCAUCAUCAUGGUGCUGAGGUGGAAAGCAAACAGCAGUAGCUCAGUCCUCUCUGUUAAACAGUUUUAAUCAAGGAAAUGUUUUCCCAGGCUGGGCUGGGCUGUGGUAGAGGUCAACAGGGAAGAAACUUGAAUCUACACUCCCUCCACUUGCCUACCUAGAGACCCAUCCCUCUCCCACAACUGCACCUGAGGGCUUGCUAUUGUUCUUUCUGGGUCCCUGGCACAUCUGUGUUCUCAGCACUGGGGUUUGCCAACAGUGCUCUCCUUAGCACCUGGUGGUUUGGAAGCUAAAAAUGUGUUUUAUGUAUACACAUGGUAACCUGUUGCUUCUUAUCCCCCUCUCAUUUAAAAAUCAUGUGAUUUUGACUUAUAUACACCCGUAAGUAAAACCCUUAACCUUUCUGGGUUUUGUCCCAUCCCCAGAAAAGUUAUUUCCUCUCUUUUUCCUGUCUCUCAGUUUCACCCAUGCUGCUCUGUGAUACACUCCAAGUUGCACUGAUUGGACAGAAAGUUAAUCAGCUAAUACCUUGACUAGUUAAGAUGAUAACAGUGAUUUAAGUAAAGUCAGUAAAGUCUUAAACAUACAUGACCUGGAGGAAAUAUAAAGUGAUUUCUUUCACAGGUUAUCAUGCUUUGCUUGUAUAUUCUAGUUCUUUGAGGGUAAAAAAGAAGCAAAUAUCAUGGAGAGCUAAUAUGUUCAGAGCUAAUAUGAAGAGAUAAUAUGUUCAGACUGUGAAAGAACUUUUGUCAAGUGUUUUCACUAAGGCAAGUUUUAACACUGUUAUGGGAUUGUGGGACUCUGUCAAUGUUUACAAAACAAUUUAGAGAUUUAGGAAUAAAGAAACGUCUUUCUGGAAAUGUUAACAGAAAGUUUCCAGGGGUUGAGGCUUAGUUCAGUCCUGUUUAAGCUUUGUAUAAAUGACUUGAAGAGUAGGAUUUUAUAAAGAAAUCUAAUGAAGAGGUUUCAAAAUGCAAAAAUCACAGCAAGGUCAUAGCAAACAGGGCUGUGGAGACUCAAAAAAGCAACAGGUGAGGCUCAGCGUCAGAAGUGUAAGGAUCACUGAGUGACGUGCAGGGAGCUGUUCAACAGAGAGGGAGCAGGCCCAGCGCGCUGCUGGGAGUCAGAGCCCGCCUGCCCCUGUAGUCAGCAGGAAGGACGACUCGGGACAGCAUACAGAACUGCACCCUUGCAAAGCCCGCGUUCUGUCUCAGUCUAAGUACCAUGUAUUUAUAGAAGUUUUAUAAAAUGGGCAGGGAAGGGAGUGAGGGUCCAGAGGGUAAUGGAAAACUACCAGGGGGGAGAUGUGCUCCUAUGGGAGGACACCUCUUCCAAAUGUUGACCAUUGUUCUACACAAACGCCAAGGGGAGUGCUCACCAGACACCCAGCCCAGAGUAAGGACUUGGUCCUCAAGUACUGGCUCUGGGGCUCUACCUCACAGCCUUAGGUAAAACAAAGCACUUUCUACAGCAAGUCAGAAAGUUAAGCUUGUUAUCCAAGUAGAUACAGAAGGUUGAAGAGGAAUCCUUGUAGAAUGACCUCUGAAAAGUAACUGUAGAAAACUAGGGCCUUUUGUGAUAUACAGCUGAGAGGUAUAUGCAUCCCCCUACAAACUAUCCUUUAGAGUGCUUUUGAAUGCUGAACCACGUAGACUGGCCCUUCCCAGUAUGGUGGUUCUGAUGUCCCUGAGAAAGGUGGGAGACCAGUAGCCAGGAAAUAGAAUUAUUCAACCUGAAGCUCCCCAAACUAGUUUAAAAUCAAAGCUGUUUCCUUCCUUUCCAUCCUUCCUCUGGUAUCCCUCCAUACAAGGGGAAUGUAGAACAGGCAUUGCUUUGGUCUACUUAAGGGGAGGCAAUACAAAUACAUCCAGUGAGUUCCAAGGCUUAGAGACCAAGCACGGCCCAGCUUUUUCUGGGUUCUGAAGGAGUCUGGAACUCUUGGCUAUUUGACAAUUGGCAGCUUUGGUCAUUGUAUGUUUAAGUCCUCCUUUAGGAAAUGUGGUGGUAGGAUAUUUCAUGGGAUUUUUGUAAAAAUCACAUAAAAUCUCAUAUUCCUGCUCACUGGGAAAUGAGACUUUCAUAAUGAACAAAUGUGAACUGGUAGUUAUCUCCUCUAUAAUAAAAGGAGAAAGUCGUGUCAGCCCCUUGAUCUCAUUGGAUUUCUGCCUUGGAGCUGCAAGACUCAGAACAAGAAAUAACAAAGAAUACCUCAAGAAAACGUGUGGGGUGACAGCACCUCUCCAAGGCCUCAGUCACUGCACUCAGUCAUUUCAGCUGUGAAGCAUUUACAUCCAUGGUACAGGUCUGUAAUUUGGAUUUCCUGUUUACAUGGACAUACUGGGACUGUGCUUAGUGUAUGUGAACUUGAGUUGAAAUCUUCCCUUUAUCUGAGUUGUAGGGAUGGCUGUUACUAUCACACUCUGUUUUCAACUCCUGUAGUAGUUUCUCUGACUUAAGGCAAAAGUAGGUUCUAUCCACUGGCUGGCUCGUCUUCAGUGGCUUUUCCAGCUGCCCUGUUAUUGCCAUAGUCUCAACCUGUAUGCUUCCUUUUCCAUAGUCCUAUAAGAAAGAACUCCUAUAUGUGGAACACACAGGAGAGUAAACACUAUUGGACUUAUUUAUGUUUGUUUCCUUUUGGGAGAAAUGCAGUAGUGGGAAGGAGGUAGUUUUGAAGUAUGGCCACAGUACCACAGGAACUCUCUAUUCCCAAAAAAACUUUGUGUGAGGGUUUUUUGUUUUAUUUAGUACAUGCUAAAAACAUUUGACUUCUGCUGUAGUAAAAUUACUAAGUUAUGGAAACCAGUGGGCUUUACCACACAAGCUAGUGGGAUGACACCUCGCUGCUUGAGAAGUAUCCAAGUUGUCUUCACCGCCCACACGUUCAGUCAUCACUAAGCAUUUCCAUCUGGUGUGGCGCCUUCCUGGCUGCUGUCUGCCUUCUGCCCGAGUGGGGUCUCCUCGUUCACCCCUGGCGCAAAGGGAAGCACUCCUACGUAACCCUUCACAGUGAGGCUUCACUAAGUGACCAGACUUGGGAUUUCAUUUUCCUCUCAUUAAGCUGCAGCCUUAGCCAGCAUCUCUGAUUGUAACAGGUACAGUCCCUCUCACUGUUUUUUUUUUUUUUUUUAAUUUCCUGUUAGAACUGCAAGAGUAUCUUUUCUUGUUGUUAGUUCAAGAUUUAGCUUGAGUCUUAUAGCAUUUCUUCAUGGAAUUCCCUGCUGAAGUGUCUUCUCCUUGGCUAAUCAGAUGUUUGAAGUCAUGAGUUUUAAUGUAAGAUACUAAUGGUAACAUUUGUCCAACUUCAUGAGUCCAGCUGUUUCCCCACUCAGGGUGUUAAACAGAAUUGGAAUCUUUAAGACAUGCUCAGGAACACUUCAAAAGAAGACAGCUUCAAAACCCUUAUCCUCUCAUGACAUUAAUUGGUAGAGAAGAAAGAACUCUGGGGGAUUGCCAACUAUAUACAGUAGCCUUACUUCUGGUGAUCACUGUCAGUAAAAGGUCAAUAAUGGUCAAUCAAUGGUCACUCCAUUCUCUUCUGUCUGAGGAAAACAAUGAAAAUAUAUUGAUGAACUGGAAUCCUGGUCAGUAUUGGAAAAUUUUAAUGUUGCAAUAGUUAAUCAGACUGUACUGGUUCUGUGAACCAACUGGAAAAAUAAAAGGCAAAUUAAACUUA